CUCCCCCUGCUUUCUCACUCUUGGUUAAAGGCUCCCUCCUUUUGAGUGAGAGUGACUACAACUCUAGAGAUGCCUCGUCUAUGGAUCCUCUUGCUUCUGAUUGCAACGUGGAGAAACAGCCAUGUGCUGUCUGCAAAAGGUGGCAAGAAAAAACAUCAACAUAAGAACAAAGGGGAUCUUGUAAUUCCAAAGGAGGAUACUGGAUCAAAUGGGGCUCGUGACAGGGAAUUUGGUGUCUCAUCAGGGUCAGACUUUUUGGAUGAUUUUGCAGUGAAACAACGCCUGUGGGUGAUCACCGCACCAUCACACAGUGACAAUUAUCUUCAGAUGAUGGAGAAACAGAUUCAGGAGUCUGAAGGACUGAAUUGUCGAUUGGCCGAGAGAGAUACCGUCAUUGUCAUUAUUAUUCAGAAUGCCAUGAUGGAGGGUAAAAUCCAGCGCACCACAUUGCAGGGAGAGGCCAUUUUGGAACCCAUGGACUCUGAAAUGGUGACCAAACUUCUCCAUUACCUGGAACUGGAACAUCAGACCUUUUCCAUGCUGAUUGUCAAGAAGAACCUGAGGAUUAGUGAGAGAUUCCCUUACCCGGUGCGUGUUGAGGCUGUCCUUGAGGUCAUUGAUCAGCUGCCUGUGCGUAAAUUGGAAAAGGCUGCGAGGAAGGGUUUACCCAUUAAAUGUAAGAUCACCAAAAAGAGGUUAGUGAUGAAGAAACAGGGUUCCACUAAACAAAGGACCUUUAGCCCACAGAGGCAGCCAAAUUCCACAUCCAUCUUCCCCAUACAGAAGAAACCUCUGGACAAAAAAGCUACCCUGAGAAACAAAGUCCAGGACAUCUUGAGUGGACGCUCUCGUUUCAUUAUUCAUAAAACACCAGGCAGUGCAAGCAACCGCAAACCAUCAACUAAAGUAAGUUCAAAAUCUGGAUCCAGUGGUAAUGAUAGGCUGAAGCAUGAUGACCAAUGGGAAACUGCAGAGAGUGAUAGACACAGAGAGGUAGAGACAGAAGUGAAAAAACAUCAUACAUCUGAAGCAGAUAAAACAGACGGUAGUGCAAAAUCGAAUUUUCACACUGUCAAUGAGGAGUUCAGCAGAGAACAAACCGCUGACCAUUCACUCUCUAAAAAGAAAGGCAAAGGAAAGGAUGGCGAGGAGAAAAAGGGGGAAGGAGGGAGGAGGAAAUCACAACGAGAAGCAGAUGAUAAGGAAAAGGCAGCUCUUAAAGACUUCAUGCAAAUCUUCAAAGGGAGAAAAAGACUUCUUGUGAUAUCUUCCCCAAGUGAUGUCUCAAGUCAGUAUAUCAAACAGAGAGAUGAUAACGAGCUACACAGCUGUUAUUUCUCCCUGAGAAAGAUCUCAGUGCUGUCCAUUCUGGGUUCAGAACGCAGACCUAAACUUCACAUUCAACACUACCAAAGAGAUGCUGAGCCUCUACAAGCAUCACUCCCAGACAAGUUCAGAAACCCUGACUUUAUAAGCAAGAUUCGCAGAGAAUAUGGGCUUGACUCCAAAAACUUCUCAAUGGUCUUGACUGACUAUGACAUGAGGCCCAAUCUAAACAGGGUAUUCAACAAGCCAACAGCUCCUGCGGUUUUACUGGAUGACAUUGACAGCUUUCCUUUACAUCAGUCUGAGAAGGAGGAGGAGAGGAAUGCUCCAUCACUCUGCUCUCGAUCUGAAACAAACAAUCAGGAAGAGAACUCGCUUAUAAGAUUUAUGUCAAAACGAAGACUUCUAAUUAUCUCAGCACCCACUGUAGAUGACUACUCAUUCCAUCAGCAGCUUCAAGCACUUAAUGGACACGAGUGUCCGAUGGGUAUCCGUCAUUUUGCCUUGUUGAAACUUGUGGGUGUUGGAUCAACAUCUUCAGGAACAGUGGAAUUUUUUCCAUUGAAUGGGAAAAGUCAACCAGAGAAGGAAAUGCUUUCACAGGAUGUAGUGGAGAGUCUCAGAAACCAAUUAAAGAUAAACAGGGACUACUUCAGUAUGCUGGUGGUGGGUAAGGAUGGGGAUGUAAAAGCGUGGUUCCCAUCUCCAAUGUGGUCUAUUGCAAGCAUCUAUGACCUUGUGGACUCUAUGGAAUUACGUCAACAGGAACAGAAACUGCAGCAAACUCUUGGAAUUUACUGCCCAGAAGAGAAUUUUGGUUCUUACAAUGGUUACACAGAAGAGACAGAGGACAGCUUCUUUUACCACAGAUCUGAGGACUGAAAGUCAUCUAAACAAACCAAUAAAACAGACAUUAGACAUGCAUUUAAUGCACACGGCAUACAUUUGUCAUCACUAAAUCAUGUGUUGCAAAA